GGAAUAUAUAUUAUUAAAAUUGGUGAUCAAUGGUAAGUGAUCGGGCUAUCGUAGCAAAUCGAUUUACAGCAGCCUUUCUAAAUAAAUAAAUAAAAAAGGUAGUCAAUCUAACCGAAUUUCUUAUCAACGUGUAUUGUAGUGAUUACCCUAUGGGAUACUUUCAACUCUCCAAAAUGAAAGACCCGACCUAUUUAUGUCUUAUAAUGCAAUUUUAUCAAUUUAUGAAAGAACAUGGCAAUGACUACACCUCCGCUAUUAAACUGCCGCCAAUUCCCAUGAUUUUUGGGUUCAAGUGUAUCUGUAACAUUCUCUUCAUUUUCUUUUUAUAACAUAAAAUGCCCCCUAUAACACAAUUGGAUGAAGUGUUCCUUUCCCGCUUACUCAACAAUGAUGAUAAUGUUAAACAGGAUAUUUUAAAUACGAACGUUGAUUCCAAGACAUUAUCAACAGUUUUGAACAAACUGACAACUACCUCAAACGCGUAUAGGCAAGAGCUCUUUGAAAAAGUCCAUGCCAACUUCGACGAAUUUUCUGGCCUAUACAACACAAGUCAGGAUUUACAUUUUAGAGUUUUUGAACUUGUUAAACAGGCUGGCACAACAGAAAAGCAGAUUACAGAUAAUCAAGCAGCCGUGACUUUGACCAUUGAUACAUACCAGCAAGCUUUGUUAGAUACGCAGAACAACAAAGUUCAGAUUGACACUCUAGAAAAGCUGGAACAGAUCUUACUUGUCAUUGAUGAAAUUCAUGUCGAAUUAAAGGAAUCCUUAUAUUUGGAAGCUGUAAAACAUAUCUUGGAAUUAAUACGCAUUUUGAAAGAAUGGAAAGCGGACACAAGAGUAAUGGGAUAUAUCGAAGGCAGAGUAGCGCAAUUAAAACAGACGUUAAUUCUUCGUCUUCAAGAAGACAUUCGAACAGCUAUACAGUACAACCUGGGAUCUAUGCGCAUAUUGGAAUUUUUUGGAUCCAAGCCUGUCCAUAUUAAAGACAUAUUUGAAUCACUGAAUCAACUGGAACUGCUGGCUCAAGAGAUGACGGGUAUAAAAAGAUUGAUCUUCAAAAACAUAAUCACGCCGUACUUUGAAAAUGGAACUAGUCAGUUACAGGUGGAUCAUGUUGGAGGGGAUUCUUCAGGUGGUGUUUUACAAGUGAUAAAAGUUACAAAUGAUAAUGAAAAGAUGGAUCCAAUCUUGAUGUUGCAGCAGAUGGACGAAAUACUCGGCUAUUUUUUCAAAUACAUGUUCAACAGCAGCAAGGAUGAAAAUUUAAAUCGCUUGUUUGGGAACCUUUUACUGCCAGAACUUACAGACUUAAUAAUAGAGAAAGGCAUUGCACCAGCCAUCCCUUCUUCUAAAUAUAACUUGUCUGACUUUAAUCUGGUAGCACAAGCUGUCUUAGCCUUCGAAGACAAAUGUAUAGAAUAUGGGUACCAAAUUCCUGAAGCUGGCCCAACGAAGCUUGCAUUGUAUGUACAAAAUAUUGAUAAACAUUAUGCCAAGAAACGGCGCGAAAAGAUUUUACAGCAAGGUAGAACUGUUAUGGUCCGUAGACUUUACGAUGCAGAAAUGACCCAAGUGAAAGAAGAUAAUGGCCACACCUAUCAAUAUAAAAUUACCCAAACACCCCGAAUUCUAUCCGUGUUAAUUUCUGAUACUAUUGAUGAAGCUCAAGACCUUUUGCAAUCUCAUCCUAUUUCUGCUUCUACUCUAGUAGAAGGUAUUCAGGAUUUACUAGACAUGUAUCGUGCUAUUAUGCCUAGUUACCAUCGACAAUACUACUUGUCGGGUCCAGCAAAAUCACUUUUAUUUAGAAACGAUUGCUUAUGGUUGUCAAAACAACUCAGAUCCACCGUUUCUUUAAAGCCGGAAUGUAAGCAUUUCAAUAAGCUUACAAACGAUUUAAACGCAGCGUCCGAACGACUGGAAGAGCUUGGCAAGGCUUGGUAUGAAUUAGCCAUGAUGCACCGUGUACAAGUUAUUCAAACUUUACUCGAUCAAUUGGACGGAUUUACAGGAAUGUCAGGUAACGCGAAAUACCAAAAAGAAUGCGACUUAGCCAUUACGCAAGUGAUUGAUUUGGUCGGGUCAUUUGCAUCUGAAACUCGCCCUAUUGUGGAUGAAACGCUUUUAUUGGACAUGUUGGGUAGAAUUGUAGACAGCAUUCUCGGCCGACUGAUCCAAGAUAUCGAGGAGUUGCAGGACAUUGGUGCCGAAGAGUCUCAUGUGAUUGCCGUUACUUUAAAUAGUCUUGCUCAGCUCGUAGCCGCGUUUGAUUUGCCAGGCAAAGAUGCGACCGAAAGUUUUGUUUCCGAAUUGGUUCCCAGCUGGGAAAAGUUUUGGCACGUCAAAGAUAUUUUGGAGAUGAAUAUGCGCGAUAUUAUGGAGGAAUUUCGUCGUGGUGACCUACACAUGUUUGAAAAAUCCGAGCUGGUGGGAUUACUUAGUGCAUUGUUUGCUGAAACUGAAUUAAGAGAAUCAAAUAUUCAAGAAAUCAAAACAGGCACCCAACGAGUUGAUGGAUCCGUUGCAACGCGCCCAAUCGCGGGUCCCGCUUCUAGUCCUACUCCACCCAGCACCUUCAGUCCGACUCCAACAGCUACCUUCACUCCAACGGCAACUUCCACUUCAACAGCCACUUCCACUCCUACUGGCAGCAUACAUCGUGCGCUUGAAUAUACACCUGAUGAUGAUAUGGAGACGUCAGAUGGAGGAUGGGGUGAUGAUGAUGAAGAUGACCUCUUUGCUGAUGAACAACCUGAACCAACUAUUGUUGUUCCUUCUCCUAAAUCUUCAGAACCCUCAUUACUUUUGGAUGCAAAUAUAGACAUUGAAGAUACAGGAGGAUGGGGUGACGCAGAUGAAGACAUUUUUGAUAAUGAUGAAAUUGAGGAACCCAAAUCACUUGAAACACAUAAAUCAACAAUUACUGCAGACGCCAAGAUUGAACCCAGUGACAAAAUCUCGGCAACUAAUUCUUCCGAAACCCCUUUAUCUCGGGCCCUCGACUUCCAAUCAAUUGAUAACGAAAUUGACAAUGAACUAAAUGAAGGCGAAGGUUGGGGUUGGGAUGACGACGAUGACCUUUUUAAGGGUGGCGAGGACUUGAAAUAAUAAAGUUUAAUUUUUUUUAAAAAAAUAUUUUAUUUUUAAAAAUAAGAAGAAUACAAAGUAAACACUUGCAUAGGGGAUUUGAAUGUAAAAAGGAAUGGGGUCAUAAUAAUGAUUUGUAUGGGAAAGUAUGUGAUAUUGUACAGUUAAUAAUUGAAGAUGUGGGUGUGUGUUUUUUUUUCUUGGCUUGGUAUUCUUGGUAUUUUCAUUUAUGGGUAUUGUGGG